ACCACCCAGCCAUCCAACCCACUCGGAAAUCGAACCUUGCACUUGCACCCAGCGCCGAACAUCACCAACCCCACUCUCCAACUCGCCAAACUCACCAAAGCAGCAAAAAAUGGUUGCCUUCGCCCACCUGAUCACUCUUCUGUCUGUGCUUGUUGCCAUGUCCCGCGCAGAUGAAGUGGCUCAAGCCAAACCCGAACAAGUCGACGACAAAUGGUACUAUGGGAGAUUCCGUUCUGCCGGGUAUUGGGGACUGAGCGGAAUGUCGCUAUAUUCAACCUACCCCUCACUCUACACCAGCUACUACUCGCUGCUCAAUUCGUACUGCUACGGACUCGGGACUUUUCCUAACACCUACAAUUUCAUCAAUGGCUACUUUGCCAAGGCCACCGACGCUGAAAAAUCCGUCAGCAGACGUGCGAUCAGUCUUGAUGCUGAGCAGCUUGUCCGUCGAGACACUGCCGACUCAUUUACUUGUACCGCCCAUGGCGCCGCUCCUCAAGCUUUCUCCGUCAAGGAAUGCGUUGCGGCUGCCCAGCAAUUGUCUGAGAAGAAGGUCUCGACAGCUAGUCACGGGGGUUGCAAGGUCGCGCUCGCCAACGCUAAGGAGAAAUUUGCCCCGGGACACAUUUCCUCGAAGGACCUCGAGACAGCUGUUCGUAGCAUCUUGAGUGGAUGCUCCAACGCAGAAAACAAGGAGGUUUCUAACAACAAGCCCGAGAAGAACAUCGACGAGAAGCAAGUAGUAAUGCUCAUCACCAAGGCUUGAUUUUUUUCCUCACCACUAGCGCUACUCAGCAGGAUCUCUUUUUACUUCUUUCUUCUGUCUCUGUCCUGGUUGUAUCGGAUGUAUCGAGUGCUGUUUAUAUCCCAGAAAUGUAACUCCAGUGUGUUGUCAAUCUAUCAGUUAUAUUUUCUCGUUUCCAAACCAAUCAAUCAUAUGACUCUGUGAUUUAUCAUCUACAAAACUGAGAGGAAAACCGAGCAAGC